AUGUAUGCUGGCAACUGGAGUUGCAUUGCAAGCAUUGCUAUUACUCUGCUCAAAGUUGUUUGCAUUCAUCACCCACAUCACUCAUGCAUAUGGCUAGACUCUUUUUGGGUGAAGCUAUUGACAUGGGUGCAAGUAGUUGGCCAACAAUACAAUUUGUUACUUGAGUUCCUUGUGGCGAUACCUCAUUAUAGGCAAGUGAUGGCAUUACAAGGUUGUCUAUUUGCCAGAGCUAACUUUAAUGGUUCAAACCUGGCCUACGAUUGCCAGGCAUUUGGUCUAGAGCUCUCCUCUUUGCCAGGAGAUUUGGCUGUUCUCUAUGAUAUUGGUAUCAUCAUUAAUGCUAUGUACAAAAUCACCAUUUGGAUCAAUUGUACAAUCACCAUUCCUGUCAAAUACGCCCACAGUCACACCAUCUCUCACCACUGCUUCAAACCUCCUCCUCCCCUGGAGUCAGACAUGACUUGCAUCCUCAAGUCAUUUGGGUGUGUUGAUGACUUUACUGCACCUUCUGGCAUUGUCCCUCCUAUAGUUAGUCUCAAGGUUCUUGACAGUUUAGUUUUCUUAAUAGAGGGCUGCAGCUACCUGUCAGCUUUUCUUUGGACCAUGCAGGAGCACUUUAAGAUUAUCCACUCUAAUGACCAAUGGCGCCCAAACACCAAGAAACAGGAUAUUCAGUGUGUGUACGAGUUUCAUGGCAAUCAAACACUUAUCCUUGUAGACCUGAACCAGAUCAUGCCCCUGUAG